AUGGGCGCGGCUGACCCGACCUUCCCUCUGUACCCUAUAGCAUGUAUUAUCGCAUCCAUGCUUCUGCUCACCGUGCUGUUUUCUAGCUUUGUGCGCCAGAGCUGGAACCUUGGCGUUGCCUUCCUCUGCUUUUGGCUCUUUUUUGAGAAUCUCACCUUCGCUAUCAACGCGAUCAUAUGGUCUGACAAUGCCGACAUCAAGCUUUACGUCUAUUGCGACAUCGUCUCGCAUAUGCAAAUGCUUACUUCUGUCGUGAAACCCAUGUCGUCGCUUCUGAUCAUGCGCCGCUUGUACUUGAUUUCCAGCCUGCAAUCCGUGUAUCUCCCGGAUAGAUCAACAAAGCGAAAGGACAUUCUGAUCGAGUGGACAUUGGGCUUCAUCGUACCAGUGCUAUAUGCGGGACCAGUUUACUACGUGGUACAGGUCUUUCGCUUUCAAGUAGAAGAAGGAGUCGGAUGUGAAAGUGUAGUGGGUGGCGGUCCCGCGUUACUGCUCAUAGACUCAGUCCUUCUCAUACCCCCGCUACUGUCUGCGAUUCUCUACUACCCGAGAAUCAUCCGGAUACUCUAUCGGCGACACACAGAGCUUAACCAGUUCCUACACAGCAAUAGCUCCAUUUCGCGCUCGUGCUACUUUCGCAUCCUCGCCCUCGCCAGCGCCGACAUCCUCUUUACCCUGUCCAUCAAUAUCGUCAAAUUCGCGCUCAAUGUGGUGCUCGUUACUGGAUCUCAUGAGCCGCACCCGUUCUACCCAGGAUGGGACAACAUUCACAGCGAUUGGGCCCCAGAGGGCAUCGCCUGGGGGGGACAGGGGAAAGAGAGAGGAGGGAUAUUGAUAUACAAUCAGUGGACGGCGCCCUUAUUCGCGUUCGUCAUCUUCAGUCUUUUCGGCUUCACAGAAGGUGCCCGCGCAUCCUAUCGGAAUGCGUCCUCAACCGUGAAGGGAUGCUUUAUGCUGGUGUUGCCGUGUGCUCGGGGCGGGCGCAAGUCUACCCGCUCAACUUCAACUCUUAGGCUCAACUUCGCUCAACGUGAUCACGACGAUCGCAUGCAGAAUAUGUCGUCUGUUGCCACAGAAUGCGGCUCGAGUGUCGUCGAUGUAGCACCUCCUCCACCUGACCUGCACAUCGAGGCCAAGCGUGCUUCUCACGAUGACUCCGCCAAUACCGAUGACGAGAGCCAUCCCGGCGAAGCUGAAAAAUCCAAGCAAGAACAAGUGGACAUGAAGACAGCUGACAUGACCUCGGCCACUCAUUCCAUCAGUAGUUUGGCUUGA